GAGUGGGCGCGCGUGGGGUCGGGGCUCCGGUGGAGCAUCACUGGAACAUCGCUCGAGCGUCCUGACCGGCCGCCCGCCGAGCCUCCUAGAUGCUGGCACCGAAUCCGGGGAACAGCCGGUGUGGAGGUCGGAGAGCGCCAGUGCCUGAGGUCUGGCCGGCUAGUAGCGGGAAACCAGCUUCUCUGACCGAAGCUCUGGACUCUGCUGAUCCGGAGCGCUGAAGUGUGUCCGGUGCCACCCUGAUGCUCUCCUGGGAGUUGUGUUGCUCCUGGCUGAGAAAUAGACUUACCUCUUUCUUAGAUAGCGCUCCUGCGAGUGAUUUUCAGGACGCUGGAUGCUAAGACUAGACGAAUCAAGCCAAAGCCCCCGCGAGCCAGGCAGGCCGGUGUCGCGAGCCAGGCAGGCCGGUGUCACGGCCCUGUGAUUCUGGCAAGGGGGACCCUCUGCCUGGCUGCUGCUUCCCGAGACCCGUUCGGAACCUCUCGUGUACCUCGAAGCUCACCGUUUGUUUCCUACCAAAGAGCCUGGUUAAAUGUCCAUAAUGGCUGAGUUCUAUUUUGGAACAUAAUUUCUUUGGUUCUUCACCACCACUUUUUGGAGAGUGGACAGAAUCAUAAGCCGAAUAGAAUCUGACCAUUGGCUUUCAGCUGGCCAGGACCUUCUACCUAGCUUUCCUUUUGUGGCCCAUGUGCUGCAUCCUCUGCCCUCAGUGUGCAACUGGCCCCCAACGCAAUGUGUGUUUGUCAAACCAUGGAAGUGGGGCAGUAUGGCAAGAAUGCAAGUCGGGCUGGAGACCGGGGAGUCCUCCUGGAGCCCUUCAUCCACCAAGUAGGCGGACACAGCAGCAUGAUGCGCUACGACGAUCACACUGUGUGCAAGCCCCUCAUCUCUCGGGAACAGCGCUUCUACGAGUCCCUCCCUCCCGAAAUGAAGGAGUUCACCCCUGAAUACAAAGGCGUGGUAUCUGUCUGUUUUGAGGGGGACAGUGAUGGUUACAUCAACUUAGUGGCCUAUCCUUAUGUGGAAAGCGAGACUGUGGAACAGGAUGACACACCAGAACGGGAGCAACCUCGGCGCAAACACUCCCGCCGGAGCCUGCACCGGUCAGGCAGUGGCAGUGACCACAAGGAGGAAAAAGCCAGCCUGUCCCUUGAGACCUCUGAGAGCUCACAGGAGGCAAAGAGUCCGAAGGUGGAGCUGCACAGCCACUCAGAGGUCCCUUUCCAGAUGCUAGAUGGCAACAGUGGCUUGAGUUCUGAGAAGAUCAGCCAUAACCCCUGGAGCCUGCGCUGUCACAAGCAGCAGCUGAGCCGCAUGCGCUCUGAGUCCAAGGACCGAAAGCUCUACAAGUUCCUCCUGCUUGAGAAUGUGGUGCACCACUUCAAGUACCCCUGUGUGUUGGACCUGAAGAUGGGCACGCGGCAGCAUGGCGAUGACGCAUCAGCUGAGAAGGCAGCCCGGCAGAUGCGGAAAUGUGAGCAGAGCACAUCAGCCACGCUGGGCGUCAGGGUCUGCGGCAUGCAGGUGUACCAGCUGGACACAGGGCAUUACCUCUGUAGGAACAAGUACUAUGGCCGUGGGCUCUCCAUUGAAGGCUUCCGCAAUGCCCUGUAUCAAUAUCUGCACAAUGGCCUGGACCUGCGACGUGACCUGUUUGAGCCUAUCCUGAGCAAACUACGAGGCCUGAAAGCUGUGCUGGAGCGGCAGGCCUCCUACCGCUUCUACUCCAGUUCCCUGCUUGUCAUCUAUGAUGGCAAGGAGUGCCGGGCUGAGUCCUGCCUGGACCGCCGGUCUGAGAUGCGUCUCAAGCACCUGGACAUGGUGCUCCCUGAGGUGGCGUCAUCCUGUGGCCCCAGCACCAGCCCCAGCAACACCAGCCCUGAGGCGGGUCCCUCCUCUCAGCCCAAGGUGGAUGUCCGCAUGAUUGACUUUGCACACAGCACGUUCAAGGGCUUCCGGGAUGACCCCACCGUGCAUGAUGGGCCGGACAGAGGCUACGUGUUUGGCCUGGAGAACCUCAUCAGCAUCAUGGAACAGAUGCGGGACGAGAACCAGUAGGCCCUGUUCUGGGCCCCCAGAACCCCUUCCUCUCCACCCGCAGGCAGGGACCAUUGUUCUGAACUUGCCGUGAGGACACACAGACUUGAUUUUAAAGGGUUAUAUUUCUCUUUGGUGUAAACUAAAAGAAAUGUUUUUAGCGGUAGCCUGGAAUCCAUAUAUAUAAAGUGAAGGAGGGUAGACCACACGCCCUCUCAGCCAGGCUCCUCAGCUUUGUGGCUCUGAUUGGUGUGUCCAGGCUGCCUUAGGAAGGAAGAGGUGCCCCUGGUGGGCUUGGCAGCAGGGACAGGGUGCCCUUGGACAUUGGUUUCUCUUGUCUAGAUCUUUGAGGUCUGUGGCUGCAGGGCUCUGCUGAUUGUAAGGUAAAGCCCUGGGCUGGUGCAGGGCCCCUCCAUGCCCACUCUUCCCUUGUUCCCCAGAAGUAGAGGGCUUUGGGUGCCCAUUUCUUGGGGGCUUUCUGGUCUUAUGCUGUGGGUGUCAGCUAGCUCUUUAAUAGGUGCCCUCAGGGCACCACAGGGCUUACUGCACAAAGCUGGACCCAUCCUUGGGUCUGAUCUUAGUGUGGGGCUAGAUUAAUGAAGCUGGGCUGAGGCCAACUUAUGGCAGAGGGCAGGCCCUGGGUUCCCCAGGUACCUGUUGGCAUGUGACAGGUUGGCACCUGUCCUAUUCCUGAAACAGCCAGCCUCUCUCACCAAGUUCCCUUGCCUAAGAAGACCACUCCCUCCUACCCCACUGAAGUGGGGGAUAGUCGGUGUCCUAGCAGGCCUCAGGGCCUCUGGUGGCUCUGGCCUAGACAGUAUUUGCAGUUCUUGUGCUAUGGGUGGGAGUCGUCUUCUUUAAGUUUCGGCAGCUGUGCUGCUGCUGGAUGGGCUGCUCCUCCCAGGGCUCAAGGGCUGUGGUCCGCUCAGGGUCUCAUUUCCCCAGGCCAAGUUCAAGGUGGCAGCUCUUUGUGAGGCGCUCUUGGCCCUGGGCCUAGAGGGAGAACUUUAAGCUUUUUUGCUCACAGGGACAUGGUAUGGGCUCUGGGUGCAGGUGCCCACAUUCUGCUAAUGAGAGCUUUGUCUGAUCAGUCCUAGGUCCAUCAGUUUGUCCAUGUGUCCAGCUGCCAGCCCCUGUCCCUCGGGAUCCUUCCUCUGGGUUGUAGCCUUGUUCAUUAGUAUAUACUCAUUCCUUCAUGCUUUCCUCAGCAGAACACUCCCACUUCUGAGGUGAGCUUUUGCCUCAUGCCCUUCCUCCACAGGUGUUGCCUUUUUAUAAAGACCUGAUAGCAGAAUAAACUGGUGGUGUUUCCCUGUUGACCCAGCACCCUUUCUGUGGGCCUAGAAUAUGGCCCUCAACACUGACAGUGGGACAGUGAGGGCUUGAGGAGUGACCCUUCCUUUCUCAUGGUUUUAGUCAUUUUGCCUGCCAGCCCUUAAUGGCACAGACCUGCUGCUUCUAAAACAGAUGGCCAGGACAUGACACCGAUUUCAGCCAUUGCCGGGGUUAGCACCCUCUCCUUUGAGCCUAGGGUCACUGUUCAUUGUCACUUUAGGCAAGUGCCUGUUUGGCAUUAAAGGUAAGCCUGCCAGCUGUGAGAGGCCUUGGUAACUGAUGGACUCAUUUCCUGGUCCUUAGAGAUGCAGCUUCUUAAGGGCUCCUUGAUGGAUGCCAUCUCUCCUAGCCCCCGGCUCUGGUGCCACUGGUGGGCAGGUUCCCAUUCUUUGGGGCUGGGAGGGACAGCUUGGCUGUUUCUGGUCAGAAAUUACGGUUUUCUCUCCUGUACCAUUCUGUGGCUUCAGCCAUGGGGGCAGUAGCCCUUCAUUAGUGUAGACUUAGUCAUUCCCUGGUAGGGUGGAGGGUAAGACAUAGGGUCUGGAGCUGUUUGGGACCUUUUGGGGAUGUCCUGUGCCUCCCAAGUUCCUAGAUUCUGGGAGGAGAGGCUGCCACAUUCUGCUGCUCCUCACAGCGAGCAAAGGCUUCAUCCACUUACAUUCAGUAUUUUCCUGGCACUACAAAGAGUGGGAAGGCCUGGAAUUUGCUGCUGCUCCCCUAGAGCAGGGCCCCUCUUUUCAGCACUUUGGACACCUGGAGACCCAGCCCUGUUAUUUAAUGGUAGUGGGCAAGUGUGUGUGCAUACUGUCUGCCACUGCUUUCUCCCUGUCCCAUGCCAGAGCCCUCUCCCUGCCAGGCCCUGCCUUAGCCCCAACUUGGGACCAAAGUGCAACAUGGGAUCAUGGGUUGGGGUGCUCGGGUGACCCCUCUCUAUAGUGCUUCCCUGGGCCAAGCUGACACCAGCCCCUGAGGGUAGGGUGGGGUGGGACGGGUGGUGCUUAAAAGAGGAAGGGGACCAGUGUAGCAAAUUGCUAGGGACCCCCACCCUUCCCUCUCUGGGCCUGUGCAAUGGGCGUGGGGAUUCCCAUCAUGGGGCCUGGCGCCUGUGCUAGUUCCGUAGCUGCUGUACACGCGCUCACUCCUGACCACAUGCACGUUCCCUAGAUGCAGAUUGCUUUGAACUUUAAAGCUGUACAAUUUGGUUAUGUUUGUGCUGACUUAAAAAAUAUUUUAAUGAGAAAAAAAAUGGACAACCCUGGGAAGGACCUGGUUCUUUUGCUUCUCGGGGAACUGUAAGCCCCCGCGUUCUGGGAAUCGCUCUCUGCUCCUCUUCUUGGAAGCUAAGCCUGUCCCCACCGCCCGAGGUCUGCGCCCGGACACUAACCCGUGGCUCCCGCCGCAGUAGUGUUUGCUUUGGACCUUGCGUGAGGGGUGCUCGGUCCGAGCCCGCUCCUUUCUGUACACCUAGCGCUGCCCGCCCCGCUUGUGUCUGAGGUCGUGUAUGUCAAAAAUAAAGCCGCUAGAAACGGA